UAAUAACUAAAUAUAAAUCGUAAUAAAUAAAGUGUGUGAUCAUGCCUUCCUUGUGUAAGCUAACAAUUGCAGACCUGAGACUUGAAUUGGAAGAAAGGGACCUGAGUUCUACUGGCAAAAAGGCUGAUCUAGUUGAACGUCUGAAAAACUCACUAAAAGAAGAGGGUCAUGAUCCAGAAACUUACGUGUUUGAAGACAAGCAUGCUGCUUUAAUUUCGUCAAUAACAUCGUUAGAGAGCAAAGUUUCUAGUGAAAUCUCCCAAGUUUCGACAGACAUUACAUCGUUAGAGAGCAAAGUUUCUAGUGAAAUCUCCCAAGUUUCGACAGACAUUACAUCGCUGGAGAACAAAGUUUCAACAGAGAUCACAUCGUUAGAGAAAAAGGUUUCUAGUGAAAUUUCCCAAGUUUCCUCGGAUGUUUUGAAAGUUUCGACAGACAUUGCAUCGUUAGAGAAGAAAGUUUCGGGUGAUAUUUCAUCCCUUGACAGCAAAAUGACUAACGAGAUCUCUAGGGUCACUUCGGAUUUUGACGACAAGAUAUCGUCCAUAAAAUCUACUUUUGAAGAAAAGAUCAAGGAAAUAGAAAAGAAAAUGCAGGAAACGGAAAAAGUAGACAAAGGUAUGGAACCCAUCUUAACAGACAUUAAAAAUGAUGAAACCAAGUACAAAUUGGAGCCACAGUCGAUAGUUGAAGGGAGUGUGAGUCUUGCUCGUGUUAAGGUGCCAAAUUUCGACGGAAAGUCAUCAUGGAACAACUACAUGAAACAGUUCGAAUCGGCGGCCAGAGCGAACGGAUGGUCCGAAAAAGAAAAAGCUGUAAACCUCACUAUUGCUCUUCGAGGCGACGCUUUGGAUGUCCUCCAGACCAUAGCCGUAGAGGAGACAGAUGACUUCGAGCAGCUGAAAAAGAGACUGAAUAUGCGAUACGGGCACGAACAUUUAGAGCAUGUCUAUCAGUCGCAGUUUAAAAAUCGAAGACAAAAGAAAGAUGAAGCUCUUCAAGAAUACGAGGUCGAUAUUGCCAGGUUGGUACGAUAUGCAUAUCCAACAGCUCCCGAAGACAUGAUGGAAAAGUUGGCUGUUCAAACAUUCAUUAAUGGCCUUCGUGAUCAUGAAAUGCAAAGAACACUGCGAUUAGCUCGUCACAAGACGCUGGUUGAUGUCUUGUCUGCCGCCCUCGAAUACGAAUCAGCUACCCAGGCCUCUGGCGGGUACAGUAAAGUUAGGACUGUGAAAGAGGAAGAGGAUGAAGACAAACUGGGCCAGAUUGUCAAUAUGAUAAAGGGCAUUUCAUACAAGAAAACAAAGACCAUAAGGUGCUGGAAUUGUGGGGAAAUGGGACACGUACGGAGUUCAUGUAAGUACCCUAGGUACAAUAACAGUCAAGAGACUCACCAGCAGGAAAACUAGAACGGGUCGGCCUUAGGGGGGCAGCUUCGACCCG